CGCAACAGUUUUUCCUCUGUCGCAUUCUAAAUGACGUAUUUCCUGUUAAAGAUGUCGGCGACCUUGUGUGUGAAGUUGCAACGAAACCAGGGGUGGCUGCCUCUGAUUCAGAGCGUCCGGCACGGGUCCAAGGCUGUGACCCGUCACAAAAAACCCCUUCAUUUUCUCAAACAGAAGCUCAUUGCCGUCACACGGUACAUUCCCCCAGCUAGGACCAUYCCCCCGGGGGCUUAUCCGUCCGAAAAAAAGCACGUCCAGGAGGUGAGACCCCGACGGCAGCUGCAGCUGAAUUGAUGCAACAACGACACUUGGUUUUA